AAGUUUAUAUAGGCUACAAGGAGUUCAUCGCUAUGCAGCUCAUGUUAGGGUGAUUUUUGAACUCUCCUCAAACUCAGUAACCACAAUCCGACCGUUUUGAAUGGCACACAUUCACCAAAGCCCUCUUAUUGUGAAGACUCUACCGGAAAUAAAACUUUGUCUUCACCUCCCAGCCUCCUCAUCGCCUGCGCCCCCCACCUCACAGAGACUCUUCCCCUUGCACAUACCAGUAGUUGUCAUGGCGAUGGAGUCGGCCUCAGCGUCGGCUCCGGGGGUUGUUGCCAUGGAGAUCCAUCGGCGAGGUGCGCUCCCGGUGGUGGAAGAAGACGAGGACUUCAGCGCGCCGGCGCCGGGGUCCGAGGAGCUACAACGGUACCGCCGAGGACGGCGACGCGGGGUGCCAUUGAACCGGGGCGGCUACUAUAUGCUGAUAGUGAUCGGGGAGAUCGGCACGGAGCACCAGCUGGAAGCCGCCAGAGCGCAGAUAGAGCGGGGAAUUCGAUCCUGGGACAUCGACCUCAAGUGUUGCGACCUUGAUCAGCAGCUGCAGCUCUUUAUAACUCGUCACUCUGCCCAGUUCUCCUCCGAAGUUAGAGGACAAAGAAUUCUCCACCACAGAAGUGAUGUCCUAGAGACGGUCGUGCUUGUCAACCCUUCAGAAGACACUGUUGUAUCAGAGAUCCAGUCUCUAGUCACAGAUCCUGCAGGACACAAGCUUCUGGUCUUGAGUGGCCAGAGUUCCGAUCACGGCGGCCUCCUUCUCCAAACUGGGGUUUUCACCUAUCAGACCUUUUCAUGUAUCUUUACUGAUCCUGGGGUCAGUGAAUUACUGGGCACAGCAGCUCCCAAGCAGCAGGCUACACUUACUGUGUCCUGCCGUGGGGAGGUGGGCUGGGGCUCCCUGGGACAGCAGCAGACCCUACGGGAGUUCCUGGAAUACAAACUAAACCCUGAGCCCGUUCUCCCCAAAAUGGAGGGCGUCACAGAGUUCACAGAGUACAUCUCUGAGACAGUUGAUGUCCCUUCACCCUUUGACCUUCUGGAGCCACCGACCUCUGGAGGCUUCCUGAAACUGUCCAAGCCAUGUUGCUACAUCUUUCCUGGUGGACGAGGAGACUCAGCCCUCUUUGCUGUGAACGGCUUCAACAUCUUGGUGGAUGGAGGUUCUGAACGAAAGUCCUGCUUCUGGAAGCUGGUUCGUCAUUUGGACCGCAUUGACUCAAUUUUACUUACACACAUUGGCGCUGACAAUCUCCCAGGUAUCAAUGGGCUUCUUCAGAGGAAGAUAGCAGAACAGGAAGAGGAGCGGUCUCAAGGCUCCACCAACUAUAGCGACUGGAUGAAGAACCUAAUCUCUCCCGAACUAGGUGUGGUGUUCUUCAACGUACCAGAAAAACUCCGUAUGCCAGAAUCAAAUCUGAAAGUGAAACGCAGCAUCGAAGAAGCCUCGCUGACUUUGCAGUACCUUAAUAAAUUAGGAAUCAAACCAGAGCCGCUCUUUCGAGUUGUCAGCAACACUCUUGAGCCUAUUACUCUGUUCCACAAGAUGGGAGUGGGCAGGUUAGACAUGUAUAUUCUCAACCCUGUCAAAGACAGUAAAGAGAUGCAGUUUUUAAUGCAGAAGUGGGCUGGCAACAGCAAGGCCAAAACUGGCAUUGUGCUGCCCAACGGGAAAGAAGGAGAAAUAUCUGUGCCCUACCUGACAUCAGUUACAGCCUUAGUCGUCUGGCUCCCCGCCAGCCCUGCAGAAAAGAUUGUAAGAGUGCUGUUCCCUGGGAAUGCACCACAAAACAAGAUCCUGGAGGGGCUAGAAAAAUUAAAGCACCUUGACUUCUUGCGCUACCCAGUAGCCACACAGAAGGACAUUGCCUCAGGAGUUCCUCCCUCUGUUAUAAAACAAACCAAGUUAAAACAAAGAACAGACAGCAAAGAGAGUCUUAAAUCCUCCCCGAAGACGAUUGCAAAGGUUGCAAAGAAAGAAACCGAAGGACAAGAUGUGUCAGCCCCCACAGAGGCAAAGAGAGACUCUGUGAAAGAAAAUAUAUCAGAGAAAAAGGAGGAGAAAAAGCCUACCAAGACUAUAAAACCUAAAACUGAGGUGCCAGAAAAGAAAAAACUCUUGAAAGAAAAAUCCAUUAAAAAGCACUCAAAGGAAAGGGUGUCAAAAAUGGAUGAGAAAAAGGACAAGGAAAAGAAAGAGAUCAAGAAAGUAAAGAAAGAUGACUCGGUUAAGAAAGAUGAAAAGAAAGAUGUUAAGAAAGAUGUUAAGUCCAAAGAGGACAAAAAGAAAGAAACAUCCAAACCUGAGCUGAGAAAAAUUACAAAGCCUGACCUAAAACCACUAACUCCAGAAGUCAGGAAGACAUUGCAUAAAGCUAAAGUGUCAAGUAAAGCCAAGACUGGAAAAAUCAAAGCAGCAAAAGUUGAACCUGCAGAAACCAAACCAGAGGAGCCAAAACCUGAAACUAUUCAACCUGGACCAGUAGCUAAUGGAGCUGUUGAGGGCAUGUCUGCUCCCUCCACACCUGAAGACCUCACCAAGGACUUUGAAGAAUUGAAGCAGGCUGAGAUUGUAGCUCUAUCAGCAGAACCACCGGUCGGCGUUGAAGUUUCAUCAACACCAACAGCACAAGAGGAGGAAGCACAAGAAACUACAUCUGAAAUUCCAGCUGGCACAAAGUCUCCUGAAAAGGGGUUAUCAAGCCCAGAAGUGAAAGCUGAAGUUGAAGACAAGGACAGGAAGUUGAUACAAGACAGAGACUUGGAAGAGGCUCAAAAGUUUAAAGACGAGGGAGCGGAAACUCAGGAUGAAGAAGAGGAAGAGGAAGAAGAAGCCCCAGCUGCUAAAAAGAAAACGGAGGAGGAGGAAGAGGAGGAUAUGGGAAUAGGUGAAGAGGAAGAUGAAUCAAAAUGGAAGGAGGCCAAGGGCAAUGGGCUUGACAGGAAACAUGAGAUUGAAGAAAUGGAAAAAUCAGAAAAUCUCUCAGCUGAGGUUGUAACAAAGGAGGAGCUAUACAUGACUCCAUCUAAGGAUGAGCAAGAGGGAGAAGAGGAGGAGGAGGCAGUGGAGAAAGCUGAACUGGAGGAAGUGGAGGAUUUAGAUGUAAUAGCAGAUGAAGAGAUUAAAGUCAGCCCUGACGAUGCUGCUGAAGACCUGAAAGUCACUGAAAGCAAAACUGCUGAAAUCCUUACUACAACCAAAGAUGAUGAGGAAGAGGAGGAAGGCUACCUGUCACAUGUUGGAGGACCCACGGCUCCCAUAACUUCAGUCGCUCAAGGAGCCGCUGAACCCGUCUCCUACAUCCAAGAUGAGACCAUCCCCGGCUAUUCGGAGACAGAACAGACCAUCUCUGAUGAAGAGAUUCAUGAGGAGGCAGAGGAGAGGGUACCGCACCUUCAAUAUGACGUCAGUGCUUAUGACAUCUCUGUUCCAGAUCAAACAGGAUCAUUUGUAAACAUCCAUGGCAUGAGGGAGAUGCAAGCUGCAGCAACGACUGAGAAGGGUUUUAUCCUGGGUGUGCAGGAGCAAGUAUCUGCAUUUACCAACAUCAUCACAGCUCCUUUGGCAGAAGAGGAGCAUGUAUCAUCUGCAACAUCCAUCACAGAGUAUGACAGAAUGGCCUCCUUCCCCACUUCUAUCGCUGAAGACCAAUCUGUAGCAUCUGUUGCAGCACCUCCAGCUGAGGAGGAACCCAAAACCCCUGCUCUUCUGUCAACUCUGUCUGAUGCUACACAAGGCAAAGAGCAGCCACGCUCUGCAGGAAGCUUUUCACCGCCUUCUUUAGAAGAUGACAAACAAUCCAAGUCUCCACCUGAUGACUUACAGCUUCCUGAUGCAGAUGUGAAGAUGGCAGUUAAAACUCCUGAUUUUCACGAUGCAGAGGAGGAAGAAGAAGAGGAGGAGGAGGAGGAAGACCGAACUCCUAAUGUUGACAUUUCACUUGAAAAACUACAAGAGGGCUAUGCUUCAUCCCAAAUAUUACAGGGUAAAGAAAAAGACGAACAGCUUGCUGGCUCAGUGUCUCUGGUCUCAAAAUCUAUACACGAUACCAAACCAAUCCCUCUUCCAGUUGAAGAGGAAAAUAUAGAUGCAGUUGCACCUAAAGACAUUUCAUCUGUUGUGCCUACUAGACCUUUUGGAUCAGACUCAGUAACUUCAGAGAGUGAAGACCGUUGUUUCAGUCCAGAUGACAUCACUGUGAAAAUGGCCUCCCCUCCGCAGUCUGGACACUCAAGUGCAGCUCACUCUCCAGUUCAUCAGUCAGCAGUGGAAGACAAAAUGAAAGCCUUCCCUGAUUUGGAGCUGCAAAAACAAGAUGAGCUCUCUGAUGUAGUCACAACAGCUGAAGACAGAACGAAAAGGAAAGAUGAGGCAGAAUCAGAGAUGCAAAAAGAUGUUGACAAAGAGAAAGCAGACCAGCAUGAAAUAGAAGAUGCAAUUUCUUUGGACAAAUCACCUGAGAUGGAUAUAAAAGCUGCUCCAGUGAUGAAAGAUUCAGAUAAAGAUGCUCAUUCAGUGCCAAAAGAUGAAAGCAAACAGGCAGAAACAAUUCCUGUUGUUGCUGCACCUUUAACAGACUUUCAGCCACUUGUGUUAGAGAGGGAUUCCCUCAUCUCAUCUGGUCAGCAUGACCAAGACAGCGGUGGAGUCAAAGAGAAGGAACCUAAAGUGCCUGUUCCAGGUAAAUUUCCAGAGAGGGAGAGUCGUUUCCUGGAUGAUGACGAUGACCACAGGAAAGACGAUGAUGACAAAUCUGCAGUUAGGACCAUCAAGGCAGAACAAGAGAGAGAGCCUGACAAAGACCAUACUCUUGAGGUCAAACAAAUCAAAGAUGAGCAGAUGCAGAAAGAUACCAAACAAGAUGAUUUUGACCCUAAAACCAAAGGUGAGGUUAAGGAGACUGAGGUUAAGAAGGAUGGUGUUACUGAUAGUAAGAGUUUGAAAGAGGAGAAGAAAAAGGAGGAUACUUUUGAUAUCAAGUCUAUAAAGACCGAAGAAGAAGAGAUCAAAAAGGCCCAAGCCAUAGAUUUCAAACCUGUUAAAGAGCAGGUGGAAAAAGAAGCUAAAAAGGAUGAUAUACCCAUUACUGGGCCUAUUAAAGAUGAUGAGAAGAAAAAGGAAACAGAAAUAUCUGACAUCAAAAUGGUUGAGGAUAAAAAAGAAAAAGAGAUGGAAAAGACAGAUGUUUCUGCUGCCAAGCUUUUUUCAGAUGAGCAGAGAGAAAGAGAGACAGAGAUGGAUGACAUCACUGUUGCUAAACUCACCAAAGAAGAAGAAAUUAUUAGUAAGAGUGAUACAUCUGCUCUUACCAUGGAAGAAGAAAAGGGACAAGAGAUUUUUAAAGAAGCUUUCUCAGCCAUUAGUCUCACCAAGAUGGAGGAAAAGGACAUAACUGUGAGUAAAGAUGAUAGUUCUGACACCAAACUUUCCGAGGAGCAGGACAAAUAUGUAGCAUUUAGCAGGGAUGAUGCUCAUGCCUUCAAACAUACCACAGAAGAGGACAAGAAGGAAGAUGCAAGUAAUGAUGAUAUUGCUGCUAUAAAGGUUAUCAAAGCAGAGGAAGAAGAUAAACUGCCUAGUAAGGAACCAACACCUGAAGAAGAAAAGUACCAAGAGGAAAGUCAAGAAACUGCUGCUGCUUUUGAAGUUACCAAGAUGGAUGGGAAGCAUGUAGUAAUACAUAAAGAUGAUGACUUCUACACAUCAGCCAAGGUAGAAGCAAAAGAAACUCUUAAAGAUGAUGUCAAACUAGUCAAAGGAGAAAAGGAGCAAGACACAAGCAAAGGUAAAGAUGUCACUCCUGCUGUCAAGCCCACCGAGAUGGAGGAAGAUGAUGUCAAACUAUCUAAGGAUGAAACAAGCAUGAAAGAUGACGCUUUUGUUGGAAAAACCCCUAUGCAAGACAAAAAAGAGAAAGAAAUCAGUGAAGAUAUUUGUGCUGUCAAAUCAAAACUAGAGGAAGAAAAGGAGAAAGCAGAGUUAAAGGAAGAAACCGCCACUGUUAAACUGCCUGAGGAAGAAGAACUGACGAUUCAGGAUCAUAUUGCAGAUAUCAAACCCAUCAAGGAGGAGGAAGGCAAAGACACUGUUGGUGUAAAACCCUUCAUAGAUCAGGAGGAUAAGGUAGAAGUAAAAGAAGUACCAACUGACUUUAAGACUAAGGAGGAGGAAAAGGAGAAAGAAAAGACUGAUAAAGGAAUGGAAAAAAUUGACAUUUCUGGCAAAGAGAUAAUAAAACAGGAGGCUAAAGAGCUGGAAAAGGGCGAUAUCUCUGACCACAAACCCAUUUUGCAGGAAAUUAAGGAUAAAGACACUGAAGAGGGUGACUUGAAAAAAGAGAAAGAAACUGACACUACUGUUGAGCAUCCCAAGGAUGUGAAAGAGCCAUCUAAAGUUGAAACCACUGAGGAGCAAAUGAAAGAUGCAGCCACACCGGGAACCCCUGAAACUGAAUCCAUCAAACAGGAGACAGAGAAGGAGACAUACACUCCAAUAUUAAGCACCAAAGAUGAGAAAAAGGGGAAAGAUGAUUAUCCUUCGGAGUUUGAAUCUAGAAAGGAUGAUAAAAAAUGUGAGGUUGAUGAGCAUAUACAUGAUGAAAGCUCUGAUAAACCUCCUGGAGCUGCAUCAGCAGAAGAGCAGAAAGACUUUACUGUAACAGCUCCAAAUGAACCCCUAGAACCAGCACAAGACAUUUGUGAGUCUCCGCUUCACAUCCAGGAGGAGAAAAAAGAGAAAGAAACAAAGGUCUUUGUUUCAGAAGAGAAGAUCGAGAAAGAAAAAGAUGACACCCAUGUUGCUGAACUUAGCAAAGAACAGAAAAUGGAGAAAGAACAAGAAAAAGAAUAUAUAUCUGAUACAAAGACAGAUGUGAUCACAGACAAAGAAAAGUAUGACUCAUCUGACGCAGACCACACCAAGGAGGAGAAAUGGGAGAGAGAGGAAUUACAGGAGAAAGACCUGGACAAAACCAUUAAACAACCUGCACAGACAACAUCUAAAGAGGCGGUGAUGGCAUCCAGGUCAGACUACAAACCUGCAUUUGUGGUUCAGUCUUCAGACGAAGACAGAGAAGACGAAGACGAAGAAGAUAUUUGUAUGGGAGGAGCUGGCUCCAGACCUUUGUCAGUAGAGCCAAGAAAAUCAGACCAUGACAUCUCCUCUGCAGGUCUGCCGUUAUCCCAAAUUGCACAAACAAGUGACCAGACUAAACCACCAACAUGUAAGCAAACACUGAUCAUACCUACGCUUACAAUGCAGGCACCGUCUUUUGAUGAAGAUGUCAAAGAGUUUGGCAAAGAAGAAUUCAGAAUUUCACCAGAGCCAGACAAAGAAUUUGUUAAAACAGAAACGACCCCUGCACCUCUCUGCAAGCCAGAGCCCUCCUUUGAUAUUGUCAUGUCAGAGGAGGAGACGACCUCCAUUCCACAACAAGAACCUUUUUCUGAUAUUCCAGCUGCCAAAGCAGAACCCGUGUCAGACUCAACUGAGAAAAAGCCUGGAUUGCCAACAGUAUCAAGCACUGAGAGCCAGUCUGAUGUGGAGGAAAGACCACAAGAAGAGAAACAGAUACCAGCUCAGACAAGUUCAGGAGUUACUGGUACAGAAAAGAUGAAACCUGAUGAAAAACCAGGGAAGGAAGCAGAAAGGGAGAUGGAGGGAGAACGAGAGGUGGCUUCUCCAGGAUUGUCACAACCUUGUUUGUAUUUUACAUUGGACAAAGAUUCUGAGGAUGUGAAACAUGGUGAUGCUGUAAAAUCGGAUGAUUCAUGUGAAAAAAAGAGCUCAGAAAAGGAAAUAGUCAGUGGAAGCCUCCAAGAUGAGAAGCAAACCUUUGGUGCAUCCAAGUAUGAUCCGUACGAAAAGCCCAUUCCAAAAGAUUAUGACUUGGACUCAAGAGAAGAAAGUGAGGUUUCUCUCAGGUUUGAUCAGACCUCUGACAUCGGUAUUGAUGACAACAGAAGAACAAGCCAGACAGAGGCUGGAGGAGCCAUGCUGCUACUGGACGAUCAAUACAAAGAAGAGCCUCUGUCCUUCAGUAGAGUUGACUACAGCCCACUGUCCCUUACUGAGAGCGAAAGAAGCAGCCACCAUAGUGGAAGUGCCUCCCCUAAAUAUGAAGACCGAGAGAAAGGCCAAGAGGAAGAGAGUGAGCGAGAAGAAAGACCAGAUACACCUUAUGUUGCCAAGAGCUUUUCCUCCAUAGACAUGCAAGACAACAAAAUGUCCCAGGCUGCUGAGUCAUAUUCUUUCAGUCCCAAAGAGGACAAACCUGAGAAAUCACAGAAAGAGGAGGAAGACAUAAAGGAAAGUGAUGCUGCACCAAUUCAAACAGGAGCAACUGGAGAAAGUGAUAAAGUUUCUACUAGUGCAGGCAUAUCAUUAAGACAAGAAACACCCUCUCCCUCCUGGAGCCAAUCAGACCUCGGUAGACAGGCUUCAGCUACUCCCACAGCUUUUGGAGAAUUCACAGAGAAGACGACACUGGAAAAAGAGAAGGAAAUAUCUAGCGAGUCACUUAAAGACAAAACUGAGUCCCCUGAUCACGAAAGAGAGGGCUCUUCAUCCGGUCGACACUCACCUGCAGAAAAGGACAUUUUACCUCAACAAACAUCACCCCUAGAGAGGGAAGAACGAACUGAUUCACAGACACCCCCUUCUGCCUCAUUUUCAGAACAUGAAAUAGAUGACAAUGUUCUUACUACUGAUAACAGUCAAAUUAGCAGCUCUGCCACUGGUAAAUCCAUGUUUGACCUCCCUGAAGGAAAAGAGAGCCUGAUUGAUAAACGUUUACUUGUAGAGGGAGAAGAUUUCAAUGUUGAUGAUGAUGAAGAUGAGGAUGAGGAGGAGGAGGAAGAAGAGGAAUUAAGUGAUGUAGAUAUGGAAAAGGGUGCCAGAGAACAGUCUGAAAAAGAAAUGUGCAGAUGUAGCUCUGAUGACAGUGCUAGGUUAGCCGAGGUGGAAGACUCAAAUAAAAAGCCUGAGUCAGGCUUCCUUAAAGAGGAAACGUUGUGUGAACCAGCACUUGAUGAUGCCUCAGCUUCUGUAGCCACAGAGGCAGACAAGCAAGAUGUGACUAAAAAACCACCGUCUCCUGAAACAAAAACACUCAAAGAAGAUGAUAUGACUGCUGAUACUGCCACAUCCAAACCUCCUGGGACUGAGAGCGUAGAUGUAGGUAAAACAACUGCAUCACCGGGUUCAAGUGCUCUCAAGAAGGAUGAAAGCUGUUUUACUACACCAGAUGCCCAAAAGCUUCUUGAAACAACGAAAUCCGAGGACACACACAAAGAGCAUUUGUCUCCUGAACCAACCACAAUGAGAACGGCAGAGGAUGUAACUUCUUCUUGUGCAGUAGAGUCAAAAAAAGGAGAUGAAGACAAAGUGUCUUUAUCUCCAAGCUCUUUAACAAAGGAAACUUGUCAACUAACUUCCAUAAGCAGUUUGACAGGCAGCUCUUUACCACCUGACAGUUUAAGCGAGUCCAAACCUACAUCUAGUCUUUUCACUCUGCAAACAGGCAGCUAUGCCGAUAUUGGGCAGAGCAGCGCUGGAGAUUUUUCUGAGCAUAUUUACAGUGAGGAGCAUCAAGUAGAACUGAAGGAAGAUAAGAAAGAAACCCUCAAGUUUUCAGAUGCCUCCCAACUACCUAAGCCAAGCGAUGAUAAAUAUUACAGCCAAAGAGACGAAGAAAGUGUAGAUGAGAGGCAGACCCCAGAUAUCACUGCCAAACACGAGGCUACUACCUCACCAGCUUGCACAUACACCACAUUAAUAUACUCCACGUCAACAUACUCCUCCACAACAUACUCAUCCUCAGCCUCCACUUCUGCCCCUUUGAGCCAACAGUUUAAAGAGAAAUUUGAAACUUUCAAAUCAAGUUGUGAAGCACCUCAAGCCAAAGCAGAGCCAUCGUUCAUGACAGUGUCACCAAGUUCGUCCUCUGGAGGAUUUCAGAGAGAUGAAUACAUGGAGGUGAUGACAAAACCUGCAACACAAGCGUCUUCACUCAGUCAGUUUCAGGAGGCCAAACCGCCAUCUCCAAUCUUGCAUACCAUUGCCAAACAAACUGAGGAUCAAAGUGGUUCUGCAAAGCCUGAAACAGACACAGAAUUGAGCUUUUAUAUGCUAGAAAGUAAGAUUACAACAUCUACCACAGCACCAUCUCUGCAAAGUACCAAACCAGUAAAGGCUUCAGAAUGUUUAUCCUCAUCAGAGGCUCACUUUGAUGUCUCUCCCCUUCAAAGGGCGGACUCCUCUGACGGGGGGUCCCAAGGGUCAGCAGAAGACGGAGAGCCUGAUUCCCUUGAAACGGAGGACAGCACCCUGCCUUGUCGUAUUGAAUGUCAAAAAUUUAAAGUGGCUGAGCAAAAACAGACCUUUUCAUCAAUAACCGAGUCAUGUGUUGCAGAAAGCACCAUACACGCCACAGAGACGAAGACAGUCACCAUGACCUCUACUACUGUGGCACCACCUGACGUCCAAAUAACUCAACAGACAGCCUCAGUUACUCCACUGAGUGAGAGUGGAGCUAGCAAAACCUCAUGUUCCAUAGCAAAAGAGGAUGCAGAAAGAAAGAAGAACAUGUCAGAGGCAAAGGAAGAAGAGACAACUGGUGCUAUUGCAUUUUUAAAGGAAGCUGCUGAGGUGGCAGAAAAAGAAACCAGUGAAAAAGAUGAAAAAACAAAGACUGCUGAAGAUGCUGAUGUCAAGCAGAAAAUGGAGGAGAAACUAGAAGAAAAGACCGAUAAAGAGAGCAGAGAAGAGAAGAAAGCUACAAUGGAUCCAAGGAUGUGUGAAGAAGUAGAACUUGGAAAGGAAAGAGUAGAGGAGAAAAGUCUGUUGGAUAACCCACCGGAGAGAUUAGAAGUGAGAAGAAAGAGCAGUAUAUCUGAUUGGGAGCUACUGCAGAGACCUGAUGACUACCCAAGUGACCCUCCUCCAGGUUAUGGUGAUGAUAAUGAGCAGGAAGAGGAGGCAAUGGAAGCGAUGGAAUGGAUGGCCAGUGUCCAUGGUACCUCUGUGUCCUCCUAUCACACAGAAACAUUUGAAAAAGAAGACAGGAAGAUUGAUCAUCCCUCCGAUUUGAACACCGGUGCUUCUGCCUCCUCUGCUUCCCCUCCAGGCUACUCUUCCUGUGAAUAUAAACAUCACAAGAGAGAACUUUCUCCAUCGUUCAUCAGUCCCAGCCCUCAUGAGCUCUCCAGUGAUGAGGGCGAGGAGGACAGCCACAGUGACCAUUCCCAGGACGAUGACUAUGACGAUCAGGAGCAGCAUUCCAUAAAAAGGAGGUCGCACAAGCAGAGGCGCCACCACACUCAGAGUUACCAUGGAGACGCAGAACAGGGGCCACACCAGCUGUUAGGCGCCAUGUCAUCGGGUUUGGCUGUGACCUUAGCUGGAGAGGAGACGCCGCCUACAUCAGUGAGUGAAUCGUUGCCCUCACAGUCGGAUUCUGACGUGCCUCCAGAAACCGAGGAGUGUCCAUCCAUAACAGCUGAAGGAAAUCUGGAUUCAGACGAAGAUGCUGAACAUCUGCCAGUGGACAAGUCAUCUGCUUCUGGAGCUGGAGGCGGCCAUCAUCCUCCUUCACCAAGAUCAGCUCAGAAGACCCAUGAUCCUCUCCCAGAGCCGAUAAAGGACCCUCUUCCUCAACCUCCUCACCCGGAUGUGUGCAUGGUAGAUCCAGAGGCUCUCCUCAAUGAUCACAGCAGCACAGAGAAACUUCUCAAGAAGGAGCGCAAGACCACCAAGGGCCUCAGAAAGAGCAAACCCAAAUCUGCUUCCCCUGCUCGAAAGGGAGAAGUCAGGAAGAGGUCCUCUACUCCAGUGAAGCAGACUAAGGAGUCCACCUCACCAAGGUCAGCCUCUCUCAGGAGGAGGGACACAGAGAAAAGCUCCAGGCUGAUCAAGAUGUCUGAGAAUCAGGGCUCCAGAAGUGAGAUCCUCAGUCCAGGGAAAGGCUUGGUCAAUGGUGUCAAGAGCAGUUCAGGUAACAACUCACAGAAACCUAGCACAGCCGUCCCCCCUGGACCACCCAUCUAUGUCGACCUGGCUUAUGUACCCAACCACUGCAGUGCCAAAAAUGUGGAUCAGGAGUUCUUUAAGAGAGUGCGGGCUUCGUAUUACGUGGUGAGCGGUAACGACCCAGGCAGCGGAGAGCCCAGUCGUGGAGUCCUGGACGCACUGCUGGAGGGCAAAGCUCAGUGGGGCUCCAAUUUACAGGUGACUCUGAUCCCGACCCACGACACUGAAGUGACCCGGGACUGGUACCAGCAGACCCACGAGAGGCAGCAGGACCUGAACAUCAUGGUUCUGGCCUCCAGCAGCACCGUAGUCAUGCAGGACGAGUCCUUCCCUGCCUGCAAGAUCGAGUUCUGAGCUUCAUGGGUCCUGCUAUGCCUCCCCCACCCCCUCAUCCUCCCCCUUCGCAUCAUCUGUUCUCACUGGAGGUAGAGUGAGUGCACUCUGCCUUUUCAAAGCUUGUCGCUCUCUCACGGUACUUGUCUCAAACACGACUCAGACUCUGUUACAUCAUUCUACUUAAAAGUCAAAACUCUGGAUUGUUGCUUUCUGUGACAGUGGGGUCAUCACGCCAGUCAUACUCUACUCUUGUUUGUUUUCUUUUGUGAGUUAACUGUCUGCCCUAACACACGUUUUACUAGCCCUAACAGUCUGGGUGACAAUUCUAAUUCUUUUCAAUAAUAUAAUGACACUUGACUAACUCCUGUCUUAAAGAAAAAUGAGCCUAAUUAUCCCACGAAUGUUUAAAGCUGCAGUUGAACUAUACUAUACUAUGUACAAUAGUAAACUUACGGCUCCAAUCACAGUUUAAUCAGUAAGGAAAUAGUCCAAGUGGUGGCAAAUUUCUGAUCCAUUAGUGAACUUCUCUAAAGUGUCUCCAAAAUUAAUCAGUGGUCAGUUUCUUUAGAUUCUAUUUUUAGAAGUAGAAAAUUUUCUGUUUAACUUAUUGCUUUCUUUUGCACGGGUGCACACGACAAAAUUCUUUGCAAUUCUGCUCACGCUACACUAGUGUUUGGAUUAACUCGAUAAUGGCAGAUUGCUACCGUGUGCUAAAAAAAGUUCAUGUCAUUUGUGAUGAACUGCCACAAAUCUUUCUCCUCGGCUUUCACAGCUUAGCCAGCGCAUGACGCUUACACUUCAGCUCAGACUUUCAGUGAGAGCACUUAAUCCUUAAUUUAGUCAGGCUUCAAAUGUGGAAUGCAGUAUAGUGCAAAUAUGUUUCUACACUGUCUGGUUGUCUGUGCUCAAGUGAAUUUAAUAGGCACCAGGCGAAGGGCCAAUGUUUCUGCACUAGUCAUAUCUCUGCUGGAUGUAAUGGUUCUUCUUUAGGUCUUUAUCACAGGCUUUGUUAGUUCUAUGUACUCCAGUAUACACAUAGGUUUGUUUCUGUAUCGAUACAGAGACUAUGUAGUAAAGAAAAAGAAAAAAAAAAAAAGGUUUUUUUUUUUUUUUGUUAUUAUGCAGCAAAUUACUAUCAUGCAUUUGAGAAGACAGCUUAAAUUAACAUUUAAUUUCCUCCUGUUCAGCUACAUUGUCAGCACCACGGAGCGACGGGAAAAACAAGCAGUGAUCUGUGACAAAUGUAGCAACGGAAGGUCAUCUUCGUAGGGAACAACACGCCAGAGUGAACUGUGACAUUUGUAGUUAUUAAUGGGGUUAUUUUACAGAAAGAAAAUAUGCGACGUGUGUUACAGGAGGCUUCUUUCAUGUGCCUUUAGCUUUGGAGAAAGGGCGAUAUGUUAAGGAUGUGUCAGCCAUUUGAAGCAGCCAGAAAUGGGUUAAAUCAACCUUGAAACAGGAUCAAUCAGUUCAUACAGAGAUACUAAACUUACAUUAUUCAAACUUUGGAAAUAACUGGACCUAUAAUCCAACUGAGCAUUAAUUCCUCCGCCUGAAAUGCCACUUGGGGAAACAUUCAAAUGAAGGAUCGCACCAAAUAGGAACGCACUUUUCUGAGGUAACAGAGGUUAAAUGUUGGGUUUUUGUCUGUGGUUGAAGCACAGAGUGUUAGUGUUGUUACAGAGAAUAACUUUUCAUUGUAAUAUAAAAUAAUGUGAAAGCUGUUCCUCCAAACUGAGCUUGGCGUUAGCGAGGGACGCCAUCUUAAUAUGAAGCAAUUACCUAAUAUCGAUCCCUGAGUAAUAUUUAUAGACUGAGCAUGAAUGUGAUGAUUUUACUGGACAUAAUUAUACAGUCGGAAUGUUGUACAAGUAGAUUUGUGUGCGCGAGUAUAUGGUACACACUGAGUAGCUGUUUUUAAAGCGCAUGGUUCGUCUCAAGGUGACGUGGCGAGUGCGUUUUUUUUUCCAGUGCGUUCACUGUGAAAUGUCUUUGUUCACAGCCAGACUGGAGAGCAGCUCAUAAGCUCACACUCAAGUUACACCAGGCCAAGUUUGAUUUCUUCAUUUAUAUCUGAAUUUUAACAGCAACUGAUUUACAUUUGUCCAAAUUUGUGCAAAGUAGUUAUAAUUUUUCCAAUUUAUUUUUGUCUAAGAUGGUCCAUCUCCAUCUUAUCUUUGUUUUGUUUGGUUUUUUGAAGACUGAUGAAGCUGAAACUAGGGGACGGACCAGGCUGGGUGAGGCCAGACAGAAUUUGAUUUUCAUACAGGUGUUUGUUUGAGCUCUUGAUGAUGGAUUGAUUGUCAGGAUGCUGCCAACUAAUAGCAGGAGGACCCUCAACUUGCACAGAUUAGCUUCACCCAGUUCUGUACCUCAAUCUGACUCUAAAUAUAGAUGACACUUGUCAGAAGACCAGAGCAAUUUGUCAGCUUGUGCUAGCCUGGCACUGGUGCCAUUUUCCUUCCCUCUAAAACACUCACACUAUUUUAUAGCUCAUCUUAAAAAGCCUCCAUAUCCCUUGCUCCUCCUGGCCUUCCCUAAUUUCAGAUCAAAAAUAUUUGAUUCAUGGUGUUUUUUCUUCACUUAGCACAGGACACGUCAUUAUGCACCGCGUGCGGCUUGAUGUGCAUCUCGUUUGUCAUGUUUCCGAGGCAGAUGGAUUUUUUUUUAUCCACUGAGGGAGAAUCUGAGUUUGAUGCAGGUUAAAUAGCUGGGUACGCACAAGUACACACACACACCCCCUAGCCUGGAGAGAUUUUGAUUAACUGUAGGACACAGGGGGAAACUCGUGUUUUAGUUCAUGCUUAAAUGUUUGUAAAAUGAUCAAGCAAAAAGUCCUUUUGUUCCCUUCCCUGAUGCUGCAUGGAAAUGUGUCUGAAACACCAAGAAGCUUUUUAAUGUACGGAUCCGAAUGUGUGGAUGGUCUUAUACUGUCUUUGAAUAAUGUUUUUAAGUUGGCAGAUUCCAAAUAGCCGGCCUUGACAUGUUCAAGGCGAGUGCAAGAGCGCUGUGAAACCCUCAGCACUGAACUGUACAACUGUACAGAAGCCGAAUGCACUAUACGGGAGAUCUAUUUUUCUGAAUGUAGACUUGGUACUACCAUACGAAUGCUGCUGGAUCAAAACAAUAGACAGAAAACCAAACAAAAAAAAACAUUCACAUCAGCCUAGGUAGAAAUAAAUGUCUUGUUUUAAGUUUUGACAAGUUGUCAUUUCAAUUCUGGUUCGGUUCCGAAGGUUUGAUUUCUAAACUGAGAUCCCAUAAUAUGCAGUUCAACAGUAACACGGAAACAGUGCUAACUGCAGCUGCACCUUUUUCCUUUUUCUGAAUAUGACUUGAAACACAUGCAGACUCAAAAGCAUCAUUAAAAGUAAACGAACACUCCUGUACAUGUACACAUACAGUAUGUACUGUAAACAGAUUUGUACAUAUCACUCUGGAAAAGACAAAGAUACAGCAAACAAUCCUCCUUGCAAAACCGGUUCAUCUAAGCCGAUUUUAGUGACAGUGCAAUCAGAACUGCUAACGACUCUACAAACCAAGAAAACUACACAAAACACUGACGAGAUACAGAAGGAAAUACAUGUCUUUCUGUUCAGUUUCAUGGCCACACCUGCAUUAAAAUGAAGCUCACAGUAUGGUGUCAUCUGUUCAUCUAAUCUUUCUGCAUGUGAUUUAUUUAGUUAUAAUCCUGAAUGUAAUUGUUUAACAUGGAAAUAAUAAUAAAAAAUGCUAUUUUAAAGAGGUAUACUUGAAAAAAAGCUAACUGUCUUAACUGGUACUGAAAUGACCAACAGUAAUAUAAUACUGGGCUGUGCUUUUCAUGUUUGCCCUAGAUGCUGUAUUGGUAGUUCUGUUUGAUUCUCUCUCUCUUUUUUGUAUUGUAAUAAUCUUAUUUAAGUUUUUCUUCCUAAGCGCAAUAUUCAAUAUCUCUCCAUCUCUUCAAAUCUAACUGGUAAAACUAGAACUACUGCAGAUUCAUUGUAAAAGGGAAACAGCCUGGUGAUCAUCAAUUAAAGUACAUUUAAAUCUG